AUGGGAAACACUGACAGCCAGUACAGCAACUUCAACGUCCCUGGGAAACCCAAACCCUGCUCUCUAAAGUUCCACUCCAUUAAGGAGGAAGUCCUGUCCCCCCAUAGCUGGUGGAGGGGCAGCGAGGGGGGCGGCCAGGGGUACAAAACCAGAAGCAAGGGAGGGAGGGUCUGCCUGCCCCAGCAAAAGAUCACUCACAACCAGCCUUAUGGCUUGUCGCAACACUACGAGCACCACAUCACCAAGGAGGGCAGGGGACUGAGAGGGCCCCCAGGAGCCAAGCUGAAGUCCAGCUCUCCGCAGCGUUGUGGCAGAGGGGACAGCUCCCAAGUGACCAGGAAAAGCAGUGGUCAUAACGGCUAUGGUUUCCUGGAGAGUAGCGGGGAGAAUGUGAACGGUCUCGGGGCUAACGGGCAGCGCACCUCUGAGAUGACUUCUCUGUGUGAGCCAAUAGAGAGCCGCAGCAGCCCCAAGGUGCUCCUCAGUAAGGACGGCAGCAUGCGUGUGGAGUUCACCAAUGCCAGGAGGAUGUCUCUGGAGCCCCAGGGUCUGUCAGGCCACAGCCACAAUGCAGUAGCAGCCCCAGAGCCCUCUCUGACUAGGACCAGUAAGGGUAGCUCGCUCAGCUCCGAGGGCUCCUGGUACGACUCUCCUUGGGGGAACACCACAGAGCUCAACGAUAAUGUGUUCACAUGUAGUCAGACUGCAACGAGGGACAACAGUAGUGGCUACACCACCUACUCCUCCACGCGCACUGAGGAGACGGGCUGUGGCUUCAACACCUUCUCAUCCGCCCGUACUGAGGACAUGUCCCCGGGGUUCAACCCCAACCUUCUCUUCCAGACCAUGGAUAGUAAUGGUCAAUAUACAAGCCGAGGGUUUAACAGCAACGGGUAUAACUCUUGCUCUUUGGGCCGCACUGAGGACAGUGGCAUCGGAGAUUCUAUGAUCCUCUACCCGGAGCAGAGUCAGUUUAGCCUCAUCUCUCCUCCCGUGUCCCUAUCUGACCUCAGCAUGGCGGCUACAUACCCCACCCCUCACUUCCAGGACAUCCCCCAGCGCCGGGCGUCGCUGGCCUCGGUGCUGACCCUGGACGUGGUCGACCAGGAGGAGAGCUCAGAGUCGGGCGACCAGUGCUACUCCUCCGCUCACAGUCCCACGCUGCCCUGCAGGAGGGUCGCCGCCGAGCCUACCCCCAUCGCCGUCAGCAACAGCAGGAAGGACAACCUGAAGAGCCGCAUCCGGCGCCUCAGCGACUGGACAGGAAGUCUAAGCAGGAAGAAGAGAAGACUACAGGAGCCUUAUGGUAGUGAGGCCAGUGAAGGCUUUAUCAUUGGAGUGGAUCCUGGGUUAGGUGACUCCAGCUCCCAGGUAACUGGUCCAGUAUGGAACUCCCUCCACACCCAGACCCUGUCAGUCCGCUCUGGGGCCUCCAGGAGCCAACAGAGCCACAGUGACGCCUUGCGGCAGAACAUCUAUGAGAAUUUCAUGCAGGAGCUAGAGACAGGAGGCUACAGCGGGACGGAGCGGACCGAGCCCUCGGAGGAUGGAGAGGGGGAGGACAUGGGAGGAGCAAGGGGAAUAGGAGGGGGGGAACAGGGGGAGAGUAGUGGCAGUGGCUCCCUGGGCUCUCUGGAGCAGCUGGACCUGCUGUUUGAGAAGGAGCAGGGGGUGGUACGCAGGGCCGGCUGGCUCUCCAUCAAACCCCUCCUCACCCUGCAUAAGGACAGGAAGCUGGAGCUCGUGGCCCGCAGGAAGUGGAGGCAGUACUGGGUCACACUCAAAGGGUGUACCCUUCUGUUCUAUGAGACCUAUGGGAAAAGCAGCUGUCCCGAGCAGGAGCUGUCCCCGCGCUACGCCCUGCUUGCUGAGGACAGCAUAGUCCAGGCGAUCCCUGAACACCCCAAGAAGGAGAACGUCUUCUGCCUGAGCAACGGCUACGGAGAUGUCUAUCUGUUGCAGGCUGCUAAUCAGACAGACCUGGAGAACUGGGUGACAGCCAUCCACUCUGCCAGUGCCUCUCUGCUGGCUAAGAGACAGGGGAAGGAGGACACGGUGCGGUUACUGAGGAGCCAGACCGGCGCCCUGCUGCAGAAGAUAGACAUGGACAGCAAGAUGAAGAAGAUGGCUGAGUUGCAGCUGUCUGUCAUCAGUGACCAAAGGAACAGGAAGGCCAUCAAGAGCCAGAUCCAGCAAUGGGAGCAGAACCUGGAGAAGUUCAACAUCGACCUGUUCCGGAUGCGCUGUUACCUGGCCAGCCUGCAGGGCAGUGAGCUCCCCAACCCCAAGAGUCUCCUGGCCGUGGCCGGACGGCCCUCCAAGACCACCCUGGGACGCCUGGGGAUCUUCUCUGUCUCCUCCUUUCAUGCCCUGAUCUGCACCCGUGACGAGGCGACCCUGCGGAGGCGUUGCCAAUCUCUUUCCCGGGGGACACGGAACAAGAGGGGUAUCUUCUCUUCCCUCAAGGGUCUGGACAGCAUGACCAAACGCAGCAAGGAGAAGAGGCAGUCCGUGUCCCAGUGGUCCUGCCUGCUGCUGCUGGUGGUAGAGGUAUCUCUGCUGAGGGCAGACUGGUUGUUGAAGGACAAAGUGUUGGAGUGCCUGCUGGCCAUGUCCUCAACCACAGCAGCUCUGAGGCACCUGGACCCGAGCCAGCACUGCCUGCGUGUGAGAAGGCUGGUGGGUCAGGACACAGAGACCAGCUCCCCAGCACUCACAGACCCACUACGAGACCUGGUGUAUGAUGAGCUAGAGGUCUUCCCGCUCAAUGUUUUCACCAUACAGCUGUCCCGCCCAGACACAGCAGUGGACUUUGGCUUUGCUGUGACCGGCCAUGUAGACGGAACCAGGAAAGGCCAUGUCUAUGUGAGUGAGGUCACUCCAGAGGGACUGGCUUUCACUGAAGGUCUGAGAGCGGGGGAUGAGAUCCUGUUUCUGAAUGGGACCAGUGUGUCCUCCCUGGACAUGGGUCUGAUGCACCUGUUGUUCAGCCACCACACCCUCCAUCUGUUGCUCAGACGAGAGGACACGACCACUGAGGACCAUACCUUUGUCUGGCCAGACUGUGGCCCCUGGCAGCCAGCACCACCGCCACCCAGCCACUGUGGCCCCUGGCAGCCAGCACCACCGCCACCCAGCCACUGUGGCCCCUGGCCUACAGAUAUGCCGCUGCCCCAGGAGCUUCCAGACUGCUCUGUAAAGUCUCCCUUUCAGGAGCUUCCAGACUGCUCUGUAAAGUCUCCCUUUCAGGAGCUUCCAGACUGCUCUGUAAAGUCUCCCUUUCAGGAGCUUCCAGACUGCUCUGUAAAGUCUCCCUUUCAGGAGCUGCCACAACAACCACAACCCACUGAUGGGACGGAGCAGCUCGGCCAGGAGGAUGAGGUGGGGGUGAGGGACUUCAUCCCUGGGACUUUCACCCUGCCAUCUCUCAGGCAGUCCCUGAAGGACAUGCUGGCCGUGCUGCUGGAUGAGGUAAUCUCCUGUGUGGCCCGCGAGCAGGCAGCCGACAGGAUCGCUCUGCUGGUUAAUGUUGAAACGGUGUGCUCGCUGAACCAGACCUUCCCAGAGGGCCGUGGGGCAGCGGGGACAGUGGUGGUGGAGGGCCAGAGGAACCCCUACUCCAUGGAGCCCCCUGGUCCCCAGACCCAGAAGCCCCCCUGCCCCAGACACAUGUCCAUCUCUGAGAGGCUCUGUAAGGUCAUACAGGAAUUGGUGGACACAGAGAAGUCCUACGUCAAGGACCUGGGCUGUCUGUUUGACAUCUACCUGACGCCUCUACAGAGUGAGACCUUCCUCAGCCACGAUGAGAUGGAGUCUCUGUUUGGCAGUCUGCCUGAGAUGCUGGACUUCCAGAGAGUGUUCCUACACACCCUGGAGGAGCGCAUCGCCUCCUCCCCCAACUUCAGCUCCCUGGAGACUCCAGAACAAUUCAAGAAACUUCUUCUCUCGCUGGGGGGCUCCUUCCUCUACUAUGCCGACCACUUCAAGCUCUACAGCGGCUUCUGUGCCAACCACAUCAAAGUCCAGAAGGUUCUGGAACGAGCGAAGACGGACCGGGCCUUCAAGCAGUUCCUGGAGGCGAGAAACCCCACCAAGCAGCACUCAUCCACCCUGGAGUCCUACCUCAUUAAGCCAGUCCAGAGAGUGCUCAAGUACCCCCUGCUGCUCAGACAGCUGGUCUCCCUAACCGACUCAGAGAGCGAGCAGCACAGCCACCUCACAGAGGCCCUGAGAGCCAUGGAGAAGGUGGCCAGUCACAUCAAUGAGAUGCAGAAGAUCUACGAGGACUACGGAACUGUGUUUGACCAGCUGGUGGCAGAGCAGAGUGGCCCUGAGAAAGAGGUUACAGAGAUCUCCAUGGGAGAGUUCCUCAUCCACUCCUCAUUAAAAUGGCUCAACCCUGUCCCCUCUCUGGGUCGCAUGAGGAAACAUCCUGAGCUAACGCUGUUUGUUUUCAAGAGAGCGGUGAUCCUGGUGUACCGUGAGCGCAGCAAGAUGAGAAAGAGGAUGGUGAGUCUCAAACACACCACGUCACGCUCAGGGGAUCUGGAGGCCUUCAAGUUCCGCUGGCUCGUCCCGGUGUCGGCGGUGCAGGUCCGCCUGGGGAACGCAGCAGGAACGGAGAGCCCAUGUAUCUGGGAGCUGGUCCAUACCAAGUCUCAGGUGGAGGGGAGACCAGAGACCGUGUUCCAGCUCUGCAGCAGUGGUUUGGAGAAUAAGGCCAGUGUAGUGAAAGCUCUUCGCUCCCUUCGAGACUGGACCUGUAGGCCCCUCCUAUCAGAAAGAGGUUCUAGAGAGUACCUAGGCUCCCUCCGUAGGACCCAGCCUGCACCGGUCAGUGCCGGCUCCUGGAGAAGACAACAGGAACUGCAGGCCAUGAGGACUGCAAGCCACCAGCACCACUCUGACGACGACAGUGUGUCCAGUGGUGCAACCCAACCCUGCCCGGGAGACACACACUCGGAGCCCCAGUUUCACAGCCGCUCCACCACGGGCCUCCCCAGCCUGGAGGGCACCACGCUGGGAAAGAGGGCCCGGCUGUGCUCCCUGACCAGCGCCCUGGAGGCGCAGCUCCAGAGACUCAACUUCACAGAGGAGGCCGGGCCGAGGAGUGCUGCGUCCCAGCAGGAGCACCUCAGACAGGGGCCCCACCAGCCCCAUCCUGCUGCCCAGAGGAGGGCUAGCAGUCUGCAGGGUCCAGGAGGGCAGGAUAAUGACCCCCAGUGUGUGGACCUUAAUGCCCUACUGGGGAGGGACUUCAGUGUGCAGAGCCUGACCUCUGUGGUCAAUGAGAACUGCUUCUAUGACACAGUUAUGGGGAUCCAGAAGGCGGCCAUUCCAACACUAUAGGGGCCCUAGAAGUUGCCCCUAGACGCUGAUCUUGGGUCAGUUUUCCCCACUAAUGGUUAACAAUAGGAUUGGACAGCUGAUCCUAGAUCUGUACCAAGGGAAACUUCACCCGGAGAGCUGAUGAACACUAUAGAAGGUACACUCCUGUACCUGUCUAGACCCUGAUCACACUGACUACUGGUCAAGGUACUAUGGACUAGAAGAUGAAUCUCCUUAAUGUGUUUACUCUGACUGGUGAGUAGGCUACGAUUGAAGAACUGAGCUCUGAUCACAGUUACUUGACUUUGACUUAAUCCUUUUAUCUCCUAGUGGAGCAAAGGCCUCAAGAUCACACUGUGACAGUAUAUACAGUGCAUUUGGAAAGUAUUCAGACCCCUUGACUUUUUCCACAUUUUGUUACGUUACAGCCUUAUGCUAAAAUUGAUUAAAUA